AUGGGCCCUCGCGGAUACGUCGCGUUUCAGCUCGUUAUGAGUACUUGCUUUGCAGUAUACCUUCAUCGAGCAUACGCGGCGUUCUUGAUGGGAGCGUUACUAUCUAAUAAGGUUUUGGUUGAACGCAUGCUGCGGCCAGGGAAGGAUUCAGUACAAUUUAAAUGGGUUCCCGGCAUCAUGUGGGCAGUGAACAUGGGCUUCCUCGUAUCUGUGCGAUACUUCGAUGGGUUUCAUUUCAGCGCGAUAGCUCCAUGGCUCGCAUUCCUAGACGGAUGGGGGCAAUUACAGCGAUGGCAAAUAGUGUACAAUAUGGUGAUGUUGCGGAUGAUAUCAUACGCAAUGGACUUCUACUGGGCGGUACGGGACAGCAGUCUGCCGAGCUCCCCUCUGGGAACUGCAGUGAAGGAUCUGGAAUCUGAUGAUGAUAAUACAGAAGUUAGCAAGCCUGUUACUCCUGAUGGUGGUAGCUACAAAACUAGAGCCUAUAUUCUUUAUCUACCACUCUACGCUGCUGGUCCUAUAAUAACAUUCAAUUCUUUCGUCACAUAUGUAUACCAACCGCAAAAGUCGUAUUCUAUUAAAAAGAUAGUCGUGUACGCUGUUCGUUGGGCUCUGUGUCUUACAUUGAUGUCUCUAUAUCAGCAUUUCUGUUGGGCUAAUAUAAUAGCCAAAGGCUCCGACAGUGCUCAGAACCUUGCCGAUAUGACCGGUCCCAACCUCGUAUUCGUGUCACUUUUCUCGCUAUUUUUCAUUUGGCUGAAGUUCGUUAUCAUCUGGCGCUUCUUUCGACUUUGGGCGCUUUGCGAUGGUGUAGAAACGCCAGAGAACAUGACUCGAUGCGUCUUCAAUAAUUACAGUUGCACACAGUUCUGGCGGUCAUGGCACAGGUCAUACAACCAAUGGCUUAUCCGGUACAUCUACAUACCAUUAGGAGGUACCAAGUACAAGUUCCUAAAUAUCUGGGUUGUCUUCACCUUCGUCGCGGUGUGGCAUGAACUACAACUACAAAUGCUCCAAUGGGCAUGGGCUGUCUGUGCAAUGAUGAUACCUGAGAUAAUUGUAUCCCUUACUAUUCAGAAGCAGGAUUGGGCCAUACCUUUGAGGCAUUCUCCAUGGUAUAAGUAUCUAUGUGCUCUUGGUGCUGCCAUGAAUAUCCUACUAUUGAUGUCUGCUAAUCUUAUUGGAUUCUCAUAUGGGUCUAAUGGACUUCAUAUCGUCAUGAAUUCGAUUAAGAAAGGCUUCAGCUCGGGUCCGAGUUUAGCCCUAUUCUUAGCGUUUCUGUGCGCCGCGCAUGUGAUGUUGUACGUCCGUCAACAAGAGGCUCUUAGGAGAGAGCCAUCGGUAGAGUCGGCAGUGCCAAUGGCAUCCAUGAAAAUGGCUGCAGCUGAAUGAAAAAUAGAAUGUUGUAUUGAUGUAAAAUUAUUACUGGUCUAGCUAACCGUCG